CUCCGCAUCCCCUCCUCCUCGCCUGAUCACCUCCAAUCCCCUUCGUCCACCGUCCCAGCCCGAACGUACACGCCGGUCACGACGUGACGCCACCACACGACCGGUCGUCGCAGCGCAGCGCCGCGGGUUUGAUCCCGAUCCGUGAUUUCUUCUCUUCUCCGAUGACCACCUCGACGUCCGGGAGCAUCGAGGCGCCGGCGAACUCGCGGCCCGGCUCGUUCUCGUUCGCGAGCACGAGCUUCACGGAAAUCCUGGCGGCCGGCGGUGCGGCGGGCGGGGGGUCGAGGUACAAGGCCAUGACCCCGCCGUCCCUGCCGCUGUCGCCGCCGCCGGUGUCGCCGUCGUCCUUCUUCAACAUGCCCAGCGGCCUGAACCCCGCCGACUUCCUCGACUCGCCCGUCCUCCCGAACUUCAGUAUCUUCCCCUCGCCCACAGCGGGCGCAUUCGCCUCGCAGCAAUUCAGCUGGAUGGCGGCGCAGGGCGCGGAGCAAGGCGGCAAGGACGAGCAGAGUCAGUCGUUCCCCGACUUCUCGUUCCAGACUGCGCCGACGAGCGAAGAGGCCGUUCGGACGACGACGACCUUCCAGCCACCGAUUCCACCAGCCCCACUGGGUGAAGAGUCGUUCACAAGUCAGCAGCAGCCAUGGGGCUACCAGCAGCGACCAGGCAUGGACGCGGGCGCCAACCAGGCGACCUCCGGCGCGCCGUUCCAGGCGACCUCGUCGGAAGCCGCUGCGAUGGCGCCGAACGUGCCGGCGAGUGGCGGGUACAUCCAGGCGCAGUCGCAAAGGAGAACGUCGGACGACGGGUACAACUGGCGCAAGUACGGGCAGAAGCAGGUGAAGGGGAGCGAGAACCCGCGAAGCUACUACAAGUGCACCUUCCCGAGCUGCCCCACCAAGAAGAAGGUGGAGCGCUCGCAGGACGGCCAGAUCACCGAGAUCGUCUACAAGGGCACGCACAGCCACGUCAAGCCGCAGAACACGCGCAGGAACUCCGGCACGGCGGCGCAACUGCUGCAGAGCGGCGGCGACGCGUUCGAGCACUCGUUUGGCGGGAUGUCGGGUAAGCCCGUCGCAACGCCCGAGAACUCCUCGGCGUCGUUCGGGGACGACGAGAUCGGCGUAGGCUCGCCGAGGGCCGGAAACGUUGGAGGCGACGAGUUCGAAGAGGACGAGCCGGAUUCGAAAAGAUGGAGGAAAGACGGUGACAGCGAGGGGAUCUCCAUGGCCGGCAACCGAACGGUGCGCGAGCCGAGGGUCGUUGUCCAAACCAUGAGCGACAUCGACAUCCUCGAUGACGGCUACCGGUGGAGGAAGUACGGCCAGAAGGUGGUGAAGGGUAACCCAAACCCAAGGAGCUACUACAAGUGCACCACGGCCGGUUGCCCGGUGCGGAAGCACGUGGAGCGCGCGUCCCACGACCUGCGCGCCGUGAUCACCACGUACGAGGGCAAGCACAACCACGACGUGCCCGCCGCGCGGGGGAGCGCCGCGCUCUACCGCCCCGCGCCCCCGCCGCCGGCGCCCAUGACGUACCAGAGCGGCGCCGCAGGUGGGCAACAGUACGCGCACGGGUUCGGCAGCCAGGGAUCGUUCGGCUUCAGCGGCGCGCCGGUGCAGAGCAGCGCCGCGGGAGCCAGCUUCGCGUUCUCCGGCUUCGACAACCCGAUGGGGUCGUACAUGAGCCAACACCACCAGCAGCAGCAGAGGCAGAACGACUUCAUGCACGCGCACGCCUCGAGGGCCAAGGAGGAGCCAAGAGAGGACAUGUUUUUCCAGCACUCGAUGAUGUACACUGACUGAAGAAGAACCGCAGACAUUGAAGAAAAAAUGGCAAAGACGUGACGUGAUGUCCAUAGCUGUUUCUUCGCAUAGUUGUUUGUAAUCUGGGGGUGUUGUAUCUAGGAUAGAAACAUUUCUUUAUUUGUUUGGGGGCUCCAUGUUGGCAAAAUGGCAGAUGCUUGCCGAAAGGGUGCGUUCCUUAACACGGAGGGGAAAGAAAUGAUGUAGCUUGUAGGAUAUUAGGGUACAGGGCAAGUUAGAAAAAGGGUUUCAGCAGUUUUGUUCUGCAAUUUUUUACAUGGAAAUGUUGUAUUCAAAAUUGAAUUUUACAGGUCAUUCGUAAA